AUGAAGAAGGAUGUGGAAGAACACGUACGCACCUUCAUUGAAAAAUCUUUCAGCCAAGAACAUUUCCUGGUGAGAUUCUGGAGGCUUUUGCUGGAGUACAGGCAGAGCGGAACGCUUUUUCAUGCUUCAUGUAAGUCAUUGCUGCACAACCAAGAGCUGCUGAAGUACAUUGGAGAGGGUCACUUUGAUGCCCUGCUCACAGAUCCUGCAUCACCCUGUGGGCAGAUCAUUGCCCUGCACUUCUCCAUCCCCAGUGUUUUCUUCCUGCGGAUGGUUCCGUGUGCCUUGGAGGUUCGCACGGCUCAGGGCCCGGACCCGCCGUCCUACGUCCCACGGGGGUUCUCAGAAAACACCGACCACAUGACCUUCUCCCAGAGGGUCAAGAACUUCCUGAUUGCCCUUUCCGAGUCCUUCAUCUGCAAUAUUGCCUAUUCUCAGUUUGAGGAGCUGGCCUCAGAGUUCCUCCAAAAACCCAUGACAAUGACGGAGAUUUUAAGUCACGGAUCCAUCUGGCUGAGGAGAAUCGACUUUGUCUUUGAGUAUCCCAUGCCUGUCAUGCCCAACAUGGUUUUCAUUGGAGGCAUUCACUGUGGAGAGAGGAAGAAGCCCUUAUCUCAGGAGGGAGACUAUUUUCGAGAACCGGAGGUGUUGGCACAAGGGCAGUGA